AUGACCUCGAUUAACACACUUCCCUACUCCUCUCCUCCACAUUUCUUCACCAAACCAUCCUCCUCUCUUUACGCCCCGCCUCAAAACUCCUUCUCCACGAAACGUCGUCGUUCUCGCAAAUCCAAAACCCUAUCUAACAACCCCAUGAAACCCUCCUCAUUAGAUAAUGAUUAUAUCACCCUUAACAAUGGUUCCCAAAAUCUCAAAUUAGUCCUUGAUAUUACCCAAAUUUCGAAACUACCCUCUUCAAGGUUUUACCAAUUUCUCUCCUUAGGUCAAGACGCAGUUGAUGAUUUGAAAACCCUAGUUAGUCUCGACGAGAACAACCGAGUAGUAUUCUCGUGUCAAAAGUCAACUGUGCAGUUUGCUGGUGCCGUGCUGCUUUCUGGGUUUCUUUUAAUUUCUUCGAUUAGGAUUUUGGUUAAAUUAGGGUUAGGGUUUAAGCGUAAAUUUGGUGGUGGAAAAAACCCUACUUUUGUAGUUCGUAGAGAUCGGAGUCUUGGUGGGAAAGAAGUUGUUGUUGCUGUCAAUGAACAACAAAGGGAAGUUAGUAAAAGACCCAAGAGACUCGCUAACCCGGUUGAGAUUUCGGGUCUGGUUGAUGGGUUGGGUUUUGACAGGGGUGAUUGGAGGAGGUAUCGGGUUGGGAGCCAACAGAAGUUGCCAAAAUGGUGGCCUAGUUCCGGUUCGGUUUCGGGUUGGGUUGUUGGUUUGGGUCAGGAGGAGGAGUAUCAGAGGGAGGCUAACAGAUUAAUUCGAGCGAUCACGGAUUAUAGAACGAGGGGAAAGGAUGUGAUGGAGCAUGAUAUAAUUCAAUUGCGUCGAAUAUGCAGGACAUCUGGGGUUCAGGGGUCCUUCAACACAACAAACACUCGGGACACCUUCUACCGUGCAGCAAUUGACGUUGUUUUAAAUGUUUGCAGCAGUGCCUCAAGUUACUCUACUACUGUUGAGAUUGAUGGUGAAGAUCCUCGACAAUUUAUUGCUGGGCUUGCUGAAAAUAUUGGGCUUGAGAGCAUUCGUGCUGCAAGAAUGGUGUCUGCUGCUGUUGCUGCACGAACGCGUGCAUGUUUCUUGCAAGCAUGGGCUUUGGAAGUUCAAGGAAAACAUUCUGAAGCCGUGUUUGAGCUGUCAAAGAUAUGCCUUGUUCUCCGAACAUUUCCUCCUGAAGAGUCCUCACCCGAAAUGGAGAUGGUGGCUCGAGGACUUGCGAGGAACUUAAAGGUGGAGCAGAGGGAACUUUUGAUGAAUAUGUUCAUUGGAGUCUGCAGCGAAGAAAGUCAUAGAACUGCAGCAGAUGCUCUUGGUUUGAUGCCCUCCCCCGAAGGCGUAGAUCAUUCUAGAAGAUCUCUUUCGUUUUUUAUCUCUCGCUUGCUCGCCAACGGAUUUAUCGAGUACGUGAAGAAUCAAUCAACAGCUUCAACUAUGGUUUCCUUUGAAAUGAAUGACCGCAAAAGUGAGUUAAAUUAUACCUUCUUUCUUACGACUUGCUAUUUGCAUAAAUGUAUAUUUCAUGAAUUAGACUGGGAAAAAAGAAUAGAGAAAGGAAGAGGUUUUGAUUAUGUUCAUCUGAUUGGGCUAGGCUUGACUGGAUUUGGCAUAUUUUUCUCAUUCUUGGGAAUUGUCUUCUUCUUUGACAAGGGAUUAAUUGCCAUGGGAAAUAUCCUUUUCAUCUCUGGAGUCAGUCUCACUAUUGGACCAAAAUCUACCAUGCAAUUCUUCAUGAAACGCCAAAACUUUAAGGGAACUAUUUCAUUUGGUGUUGGCUUCUUCUUUGUGGUCAUAGGAUGGCCAAUUAUUGGUAUGAUCUUGGAAGCAUAUGGGUUCAUCGUACUCUUCAGUGGUUUCUGGCCAACACUGGCAGUUUUCGUGCAGAGGAUACCAAUUCUUGGAUGGGUGUUCCAACAGCCUUUUGUGAGAUCGCUUUUUGAUCGAUAUCGGAGCAAAAGAGUGCCUGUGUAA